GAGCAUACACAGAAAGGAACAUGCAGAUCUCAAGUCCUGCUGAUUCUUUUAUGAAUAACCUGCUACGGAAACCAGCCAUCUAAACUACUGUUUAGGUCUCUACGAGCAGUAUACCAGCCGUGAGCAUGGAUGGCAGUAGUGGCGAAUGGCUCAGCACUCAAGUGCCCUCAUCUUGCCUGGAAAACUUCACCAUGGAGAAUUCCAGCAGGGGCCAAAUCUAUGAAGUCGUCCUGCAGUCGACGAACACGACUAAACAUAAUCCCCAGUUUGUUGGUGUGGAGCUCCUUCAGUCCUUUAAACCCCUCAUCAUCCCGUGCUACGCUCUCGUGGUCCUGGUUGGAGUUUUCGGGAACUAUCUGCUGCUUUACGUCAUCUGCCACACCAAAAAAAUGCACAACGUGACCAACUUCUUCAUCGGUAACUUGGCGUUUUCUGACAUGCUGAUGUGUGCUACCUGCGUGCCCUUUACCCUGGCAUAUGCUUUUAACCCUCGCGGGUGGGUUUUUGGAAGAUUCAUGUGCUACCUGGUGUUCCUCAUUCAGCCUGUGACUGUGUACGUGUCGGUUUUCACACUGACAGCUAUUGGGGUGGACAGAUACUAUGCUACGGUUCAUCCGCUGAAGAAGCGCAUCUCAGUUCUGGCCUGCACAUAUCUUCUGUCAGGGAUCUGGAUUCUGUCGUGUGGUCUGGUGGCUCCGGCUGUGGCCCACACGUACCAUGUGGAGUUCAAGGAGGAAGGUUUCACCAUCUGCGAGGAGUUCUGGAUGGGGCAGGAGAAAGAGCGUCUAGCCUAUGCUUACAGCACACUCUUCAUCACCUAUGUUCUUCCUCUGUCCGCACUUUGCAUCUCCUACUUGUGUAUUUCAGUGAAGCUUCGCAAUUGUGUGGUGCCAGGUCAUCGCACCCAGAGCCAAGCGGAAGCCCAGCGGGCUCGGAAACGCAAGACGUUUCGUCUGGUGUCUUUAGUCGUCGCUGCUUUUGGGAUCUGCUGGCUGCCGAUAAGUGUCUUCAAUGUUCUCCGGGAUAUUGAUAUAGACCUGAUCGACAAGCGCUACUUCCUGCUGAUCCAGCUAUUGUGUCAUUUGUGUGGAAUGAGUUCCUCUUGUUGUAACCCGUUUUUAUAUGCAUGGCUGCACGAUCGUUUCAGGGCGGAAUUGCGCAAGAUGUUCACCUGCCAUCGACGGAUUGCCAUCGGGAUUCCUGCACACAACUGCGCCACUGCUAGUGUGGUUCUCUGACAGAAAAAGAGGGCAUCUAGUUAGUUCAAAGACUACUGAGGCUAGAAGAACACUUGGGUCACAUACUUUUGGAAAAGAGAAAGUGUUCACAUUGGUCCUGGCUGGAACUCUACCAUCUGUAAGGUUCUCCCACAUGCAUCUCGUUUUAGAUGGACACAGAUGGUAUUUCUUGGAUGUACAAGCCAUGUGAGAAAGCUGUUGGAUUUAGCCACAAGAUUUCACCAUGCUGUCUGUGAUUUGGAUAUGGAUUUUCUAGGAAGGAAAAUGCAUGUUGGUCACAUUACAGAGAAACGGUCGCUAAAAUACUGCAACAGAAACAUACAGAUACCUAGCUUUCAGAAAGCAAAUGCUUUAGCUUUAAAAGUGAAUUGCAGCUUAUUUUAAUGCCUUUCAGACUUUAGGAUUAAUUUUUUUUUUAAUUGCAUGUGUUUAUACAAGAUGUCACUGAAUAUAUAUUAACAUCAAACAGAGAAAAUAUUCAAAAAGAGCACAUGGCCUAGAAAUACUGUAUGAGAUAUCAAAACCUUUACUAAUUAAAUAUUUUCUAAACUUUUCAGGCCUAUAAUGUCAUUAUAUACAAAAAAAUGUUUUGUCUGCACAGGCAAAACAUUAUUUUUAUUUUACAGCCAAUAAUAUGACUCUGGAUGUUGUUUUGUAGUUGAAUUUGUUCAUUAUUGAACCAAAAAUCCAGUAUAUUCUCUGUUCUGAAAGUGCCAAAAUGUGUCAUGUGACAGAAAGUCUCAUUCGUGUGAUUAUAGCUGUACAAUUUUGUAUAAAUUCAUGUAACGUUUCAUAAUGUUGCAUUAAUAAACAGUGUCUGGACUGGCGGAUGUUUUAUACACAAAGAUAUAUUACUUGGUAAACAAAACCAUUUCAACUUCUUGUUGUUCAGGUAAAUGCGUACAGUGUGAAUAUCUCUGUAACAUUAUGUUUUCCAAGACCAAACCAAGGAUUAUUGCUCAAACAUUGGUUUAAUGAUCUGUACAAACCUCCAGAUAUUACU